GGCAGGAAGCUGGGUGAAGGUGAUACUGAACAUGAUCUGAUUCAUUCCUUGGAUGAACUUUGCAAAGAAUAUGAUCCCGAAACAGCCAGACAAGCUAUACAAACAAUGCUGACGUUGGCAAAGUAAGCAUGCUACCCAUCAUCUUGUUUUCAUUGAGCUUUAAUUGUGUUAGGAAUGAAUGUAUUUAAUUUUAAAGAGGGCUAUUGUAGAUUUUUCGCUCUUCUGGUCAGCUGUUUAUGGCCUGCUGCGUAGAAAUGUGAGCACUCAACAAGCCGAAUAUUUCAUAAAUUACAUGACACAACCUGAGGCUGAUGCCCACAUUUGUAUUCUGACGGUUCUGAUAUAUCCCUGGAAAUAUAUGUUACAGGUCAAAUGUGAUUUCAGGUUAAUUUUGAUUUGCCCUACACCCCUUUGAGCUUUAAUUUUUAUUGAAUGUAAUUUCCUUUGUCUCCGAGCCCAAGGAGAUGAAGAAAAUCAAGAAUCAACCUAGGUUGAAAAAACUUAAUCUGAUCAAAUCAAAAUUGACCUGUAACAAGUAUUCUCAGAUUUGGUGGAAGUUUAAGCAUGCAUGGCAUCUCGUAGGCAUCUGUGAUGGAUCCAAAUGAUACUGUAAAUUGCCGCUUAAUGAAGCCCCCCCCUGCUCAGUUAUACAUGCACAGGAAAAAAUAACAGAUUUCCCAUUUUUGGAUAUUUUAGGGUAUUUGAAGAAUACCCACAAAAAUCCCAAAUUUGGAAGAGUAAGACAAGUCCCAACGAGGGAACUUGGUUGGGAAUUCCCUGGUUAGGACUUGUCUCACUUUGCCAAAUUUGGGAUUUUUGUGGGUAUUCUUUAAAUACCCUAAAAUAUCCAAUAUUGGGAAUCUGUUAUUUUUUCGCGUGAUAGGCCAAACACCAAACAAAAAAUACAUCUCAUUAUACCCCCUCCUGCCCACUGUAUAUAAACCCUCUUCUGAAUUUGAUUUAUGAAUUAAUUUUGUAGCUAAAUUGAAAACCAGUAAAGGAAAACAAGCUUUGAUCAGCACUGCUGUAACUUGUUUCAAAGUGUUUUUUCUAUUCAGGGGUUGAUUUAAUAAGAAUUUUACAAGUUACUGUAAUUUACAAGAGUAGCCAUUGUUUUAAAAAAAAACAAUAUUGUUCAUGUAAUUUCUGUGGCAGUUAUGAUGGCGGUUGUUGAAGGAUGCAUAUUUCUUUUCCCCUUUGUUGUGCUUUAAAAUAGAAGGACUACGUUUUAAUUUCAGUGUACUGUAAUACAGAGUUUUGGAGCCUGUCUUCAGAUUAAGUAAUGAUCCAGGUAAGAAGGAAAGCAAUUUCUAUUGUUGUGGCACAAUACGCUUUCCUCACAUAGAAAUGUUUUCAUUUUUACGCAGAGAGUGCAUAAAUCUACAAAACGGCUGUUUACGAAAGAAAAUGUAUUUAAACUCCACUUUUAAAGGGUGUAUUUUUGUGUUAAAACAUUUCGACCAAUCACAAGAGUUGCAAACAAUGGCCAAGAAAUGUUCACAAUUUUACAUGAUCCGCACAUACGAUUUCUGUGUUACUUAGACUCAGACGAGAUUUUGUUAUAAGGAAGUUGGAUAGAAAAAAAAGGAUUGAUGUACAUGCUGCUUUGCGAAGAUUUCGUAAAAUUUGAUGUUUAAACCAAUCAGAACCUUAGUAGAGACAAUAGUAAAGUUAGCACCUUUUUGCAUUCCGACGUGUUCACUGCGUUUUGGUCCUUUCCUUCUUAUCUGGACCAUUACUUAACUGUCUGGUUACAUAAAGGCCCAAGCAUUUUCAAUUUUGGAUUCGUCUUUUUUAAUUGGGACUCAUGAUUUUUCACAAGAAGAGUCCCAGGACUCACCAUUUAUAACUAUUAGUAUUUGUAACAAAAUCACUGCAGGAUGUUGUGGGUUGAGCGUGUGUCAAGUGCAAGUGAAUGAGGCAAACACAUGGGGGAGCAAACUCCCUUCUUGUCUAAAUCACUCUAUUGAGUCCUGCUAAGCCUAGACUCAACAGACUGGAAAGGGACUGCUUGCAAUAUAGGGGAAGGGGUGAUACAUUGGGAUAUUGAUUGAGAUGGACUUGAAGAAUGCAUUUUUCAGACUUGAAGGAAUAAAAUAUCAACUAAUUGUGUGAUGUAAAAUUUAAUUUAACUUAAUAGAAUUUUAAGGCUAUAAACUGUUAUUCCAUGGCUAUGCUCUAGCAAUGCCCAGUUGCCAUUGAGACCUUUCCUUUACUAUUGAGUAACUAGAAAAUCUUAGUUUUUUUUCAUAGAGAUUCUAUGCUGGGCACCUUGGAUUUCAGAGCACUAGGCUCCCUUCAAUUUCUCUAAAGAGCACAGCCUUGUACUCUGUUUCUGUUAAUUUAAACUUACUCUUUUUUAGCAAUAUCAUUAAAUCUCCUGAAGAUGAAAAGUACCGCAAGGUAAAAACCCAAAACAAGGCAUUUUCAUCAAAAGUUUGGAGCCUUCCUGAAGCUCAGGAAUUUCUUAUUCUUUGGGGCUGGGAUCAGGUAUGGAGAUUGAUGAUUGAUUACUUUUGUCAACAGUCAGAUGAUAAUAAUAAUAAUAAUAAUAAUAAUAAUGAUCAUAAUAGUAAUAAUAAUAGUAAAUUAUCGCCAACUUGUCAUUAUUUGUUUAUAAUUAAGUCACUUCACGUUUAACAUGCAUCAUAAAGGAGCAGAGACAUUAACAAUAAUAAUAAUAAUAAAAGUAGGUUGAGUUUGAUCGUCCGGGUGAACGUAGUCCUGAAUAGGACUGUUGUUGUUGACAGUGACUGAUGUUUCGACAACCUGUGCGAUAGUCAUCUUCAGAGUCAAAGUGAGUUGUAUCACGUCAGUUGAUGGUAUUAUACUCUGGUUAUUGAUUUGGUUGGUCAAUUACGUCGUGAUGUUAAUGGUUGUCUGUCAGUUAAGCCGUGAUGUUAUUGGCUAUGAAGACUCGUAAUCAGUAAUUGGUGCGUUUUGAUCUGUCUAUUGUCACAGUUAAACAGUCGUCUAUUGUUAGUCAAAUUGUCAUUCUCUCGUAGUUAGUUUUGCUUGAUCUCGUCAAUAAGUCGUUUGUACAGCGCUGGUAACUGUUGGCUAUGAUUCAGUGGCAUUUGUUCUAAGUUGGUAAACCAGCUUUCUAAAGUAAGACGUUGUAGUAGUCAGUAGAAUACUUUAUACAUGUCGCAGAGUCCCAGUCAAUUUGAUGUUUCGUCUGUAAAUGGUGCUCAGCAAUGUGAUUGUUGACGUCACCAUUCUUUGUAGCUCAUUUGUGUUCAGUCAGUCGCGUGCUUAGGUUUCUGCUGGUUUCACCAAUGUAGGAGGCCUGGCAGUCGCAGCAUUUGAUCUUGUAUACUGCUCCCUGUCUGUCCUCUGGUUUGUCUUUGUCCUUGACAUUAGUAAGCAUUCGCCAUUAAGUGGUUAUCGGUUUGUGUGCAACACGUAUAUUGUAAGGUUGUAAUAUACGUGCAAUAGUUUCAGAGGUGCCUCUGAUGUACGGUAUAGUGGCUGUUGUAACAGGGCCAGAGUUGGUCUGAGUGUUGUAAUCAGUGUUACUGUGAGUGUUCUGUCUAACAAAGUCCGUGUUGUAAGUGUUCUUACUAAAAAAGUAGUUAAGAAUGAUAAUCAGUCUCGUCUUGUAGGCUGUCAGGUGAGUCACAAACUAGUUGCGCUCGUCUCGUCAGAGUCCAGAUAUUAGUAGCCUCGUGAGAGGUCGGGUUGUACGAUGUGAUAAUGAUAAUGAUAGUAAUGAAGAGGUGAGGAAGUUUAUAAGAACCAGACGUCAUAUGGAGUUAUAAGCACAUUAUGUCUUAAUGCUUUUCUUCCACCAGGAAGUCCUUUUCAGGACAGUUCAUAAGUCAGCCUAUUUCAGGAAUUAAAAAGAAAGCUGAAGGAAAAAAAAAUUACAGAAAACUUUAGCCACAAAUAGUUAAUUUGUAAAUUUUUGUCCUUUACUUUUCCCAAUAAAAGAUAAACCAAAUUGAUACUGAUCCUUCCUUGCAUUGUGGAGGGGCGUGUAGCCCAGCGGUUAACACCUUGAACUCCGCAUCUUGAGGUCCGGAGUCUCCACUUUGUCUUUCUUCAUCCAGGUGUAUUAAAUGGGUACCAGCAACAUACUGCUGGGGGGUAACCCUGCAAUGGACUAGCAUCCUGUUCAGGGGAGAGUAGCAAUACUCCUAGGCAUGCUUCAUGCUAAGAGAAUGGGGAUAAGUUCCAGCCGUUUGGGCCUUUGGCUUGUGUGCGCCUUAACCUUUACCCCCUUCCUUACUUUGGCAGGUCGAUGAGUGUGUUGUUCUUAAAUCUGAUGAAGAUGUUCAGUUAGUGAAGCAAAUACUACAGAAGAAAUUAAAGUGAGUUUAGUUUGAUUUAUGCAUGCAAUUGAUUUAUGAAUUGUGUAAAAAUUCCCCACCAAGAAACGUCCUCAUUAAAUCUGAAGUAAAACUGUCAAAAUCCAAUAUUGAAUGGCAUAUUCUAAUUUUUGCAUUUUGAGCCUUCUGUUUGACCAAAACCAGUCAAUUAUUUUCAUACCAGGUUCUUAAUUUAGGCUAAUAUUUUUAUGAGCCACUGGACCCUGUCACAUGACUCCUCCAUGGGGGAGAUCACAGAAACCAGUCUCUCACACUUUGUUUUUAAGUUGUAAAUAUGUUGAUUUUUAUUGUAAUGUUUAUUACAAAGAAUUCAUCAGAGUGCAGUUGGUGAAAUAAUGUUUUAUUUUUUGGAUUCAGGUAAAAGUACAAUGAAAAUGAAAGUCUAUUGAAUUUUUUUGCAGUGCCAUUUCUCUGAAGUCACAUGCUGCAGCUGCAAGACUCUCUCGGAAUGAACCCGUGAGUCAAUCAUCAUAAAACUGCCAAAUCAUUGACCUCUUACCGUAAAUCCUCUAUUAAGCCCCCCCUCUCAAAUAAGCCGCCUUCCUCCAAUAAGUCCCCCUUUUCAGGGGAAGAAAGUUAUUGAGUUCUCCUGUUUCUGUUAAGCCACCCCCCCCCCCUCCCCUCCCCUUAUUAUUCUUCACUAGUAAAAUAAUGAUAGACUGUAUUAAUCAAUCAUGACUGUAAAACUUUGUGUGGACUGAUCCAGGAUGGUUUAUUUACCAAUGGAAGUUCGGAUUUGAUUCUGAUCCUUGGCUGCAUGACCUCCAACCUUCUUGUUCUUGAGCUUCUCUGCUUUGUAUUCUAGUUUUUUAUGGAGAACUAAGUGUAUAACCCCCGGCCCUGCCCCUGGAAACCAUUCAUCAUUGUUUUCAUUUUGCAGCUUACAGAGAGAGAGAAGCAGCUUCAAGAAGAAAGAAAAAAGUUGAUGGAAAGGAAAAAGCUGGAAGAACAGGAAAAAGCCAGAAUCAAAGCUCAGGUAAUAAUCUUGACAAUAUUCUACAAAGUCGAGACACCUACUUGUUGAAAAAAUGAUGAAUAUUCAAUUUUCUUAAUUAUCAAGUUCUUUUAGAAGACAUUGUUCUCCUUUUAGUUUAUCACCAAAUUUAAGAAGGAUAACGUACACAAUCUGAUGUAAAGGAAAAAGAAAUUCGUCUGAGUUCAUACUACAAACGGCUGCUAAAAACAAAAUGAAUACUUUUAAGAAUAUAAAUAUUUUGCUAAUAUUAUUUUGUCUCAUUUAUUCUUGUAAUAAUUUUCUUUUUAAUAUGUAGAUUUAGCCAAGGUUAAAGGUGAAGCUCCCAUUAAUAAAUUUAUAAUUUACUUCAAACAAUAAACUUGUAACCAUGGUACGGAAAAUUAUUGGAGUUGAGCCUGCGGUCAGUUGAAAACUAGGAACUUGUCAGCGGAUAACUUCCAAAAAACACGCAACCUUGAUGGGUCGAAGUCUGAACCCACAAUAUGGUCAUGUGAUACUGGUCAGCGGAUACCCUGUUUUGACAGCUUUCAAUUGACCACAACAUGGAUGUGCAAUAUCAGGUUGUGGCUCCCAAUCUAGCCAGAAAGUAUGACAUUUCACAUUGGUAAUCCUGUGGUGCGGACAGAUGAUCACGUGACUACCAAAAUUUCUGCGAUGGGUAGAAACCAGAUUUUCUUAGCUAUGGGGCUCCACUCGUGCACAUGCAGCUCAGCUAUGAAAGAGGCUAAAGGACAGAAUUAGUCUAUUAGUGAUAUUAGUGAUUAUUAUUUUAUUUUAUUAAAGGGGUGUGGUCCUGUUAUUUUUCAGAUUCAAGCUGACAGAAGAGAUACAAAAGAUAGAGAAUCAAGGGAAUCAGUGAGUUGUACCUCUCAUUCUUUUUGGUGUAUUAAAAUGAACAUUACUGGGAUAAAUGCUUCAGCAGUAUAUCAUGAUUUAUUAAAGAACCAAGAUAGUACGUGCUCUGAUUGGUUAAAAACCUAUGGUUUAUUGUGCGGGUAAACUCAUAGAAAACUGAAAGUUAUUUUAUAAAAGCAAUAGACCACACUUUCUAUGGGUUUACCGGCGUGAUAACCCACUUGGGAUGUUGGGAGAACAAGAGAAAAGCUUGUAAAUCACGAGCGGAAGGCGAGUGAUUUACAAGCUUUUCUCGUGUUCUCCCAACAUCCCGCGUGGUUUAUCACGUCGGUAAACCCAUAGAAAGUGUGGUCUAUUGCUUAAAUCUAACUUUUGUUUUAUGUCUCAGAGAGCAAGGAAACUUGAUAAGUUUGGUGGAAAGAUGACCAAAUUUGAAGACAUUGGUGUGGACCUUAACAAGGUAAAGCUACAA